CUGCGCUCCUCGCUCCUCUGCUCCGCCUCGCCUGUCACCCGGCGGCCAAAGCUCGCAGGCGUCGUCCUGCUACUUAAGCCAUGCCCGCCGCCGGACCGAGCCGCCUCUCGCCCCACCGCCAUACCCCUGAACCCGCUCCCUCGCCGCCCACCUUCCUCCGCAGCAUGGCGUCGCAAGUCGAAGCCAAGGGCACGCACAGCCCGCGCGCCAGCCUCGAGGCCGAUGGCCCGCGCCCGCUGAGCCGCUCGGGCGCCGCGUCGCCCGCGUCGCCGUCGCACGACGACGCCGACUCGCUGGGGCGCAAGGACGUGUCCGACAGCGAGGGCCACGCCGGCGCGCCGCGCGGCGAGAGCAACGCCGAGUACCGCGCGCACCUCGCCUCGCAGCCGGCCGGCGUGAGCAAGAUCGAGGCGCUGUACCGCGUCUUUGGCAACAACCGCGUCGCCGUGUGGACGCUGUAUGCGGCCAUCUCGGCCAUCGUCAUCGUGUUCUGCUUCGACGGCUCGACGACGAGCAGCUACCAGACCGUCGCGGCUAGCGAGUACGCCAAGCACGCCGAGCUCCUCGGUGUCAUCGACACGGCCGAGGCCAUCAUUAUCGCCGUGUCGAAGCCGUUCAUCUCCAAGGUCGCCGACAUCUCGUCGCGCCAGAUGGCCUACCUCGGCAUCCUUGUCCUCUACGUCUUUGGCUACCUGCUCGUCGCAGCCACCACCACCGCUGGCGGCUUUGCGGCCGGCCGCAUCAUCAGCGCCACGGGCCAGGCCGGCCUCGACCUCGUCACCGACAUCAUCGUCGCCGACAUCAGCCCGCUGCAGUGGCGCGGCUUCAUGACGGCGCUCACCUCGUCGCCCUACCUCUUCCUUGCCUGGGUCGGCCCGCAGGUCUCGGGCCCGCUCGUCGACCGCCGCGAGUGGCGCUGGGGCUUCGGCAUGUUCUGCAUCCUCGCGCCCGUGUGCGUCAUGCCGGCGAUCAUUGUCAUGUGGCGCGCCGAGAAGGUGGCCAAGGCCAACGGCGAGCUCGCCUUCACCGCCAGCCCGUACGAGCGGCGCCUCGUCGCCGAGCAGGGCACAACGGAGAACAAGGAGAGCUACUUCACGCUCGUCAAGAAGUUCUGCAUCGAGCUCGACAUCAUCGGCCUCAUCCUGCUCGCCGCCGCGUGGUGCCUGAUCUUCCUGCCCUUCUCGCUGCGCGGCGACCGCCCGCGCGGCUGGCGCGACCCGGGCCUCAUCGCCAUGAUCGCCGUCGGCGGCGCGCUGCUCAUCCUCUUCUUCAUCUAUGAGUGGCUGUGGGCGGCCAAGCCGAUCAUGACGCGACGCAUCUUCAAGAACCGCACGUUCCAGCUCGCCGUGACGCUCGACAUCUUCUACUUCAUGUCCGGCAGCCUGCGCAGCCUCUACUACUCGUCGUACGUGUACGUCAUCAAGGACUGGACGUCGGUCGAGUGGGGCUACUUCAACAACAUCAGCACGUUCUGCCUCACGCUCUUCGGCAUCAGCGCUGGCCUCGUUCUGCGGUACACGCACCGAUACAAGAUGCUGCAGAUCGGCGGCAACUGCAUCCGCCUCAUCGCCAUGGGCCUCACCUUCUGGGCGCGCGGACCCAACGCCUCGACGGGCGCACUCGUCUCGGCGCAGGUGCUCAACUCGCUCGGCGGCGCCUGCUCCGUCGUGGGCACGCGCGUGGCGUCGCAGGCGUCGGUGCCGCACGAGGACCUGGCGCAGGUCAUUGCGCUGCUCUCGCUCUGGACGCGCCUCGGCGGCAGCGUCGGCAGCGCCAUCAGCGCCGCCAUCUGGCAGGGCACGAUCCGCGGCUACAUGCGCGAGGAGGGCGUGCCCGAGGCGCGCAUCCAGCCCAUCUACGGCCGCUUCAUCAGCGCGCGCUCGCUGCCCAUCGACGACCCUAUCCGCCAGGCGGUGUCGCGCGCCGCGGACCGCGCCAUGUACCCCAUCACGCUGGCGGCGCUGUGCAUCUCGGUGCUGCCGCUGCUGGCGAGCCUGUUCAUGAAGAACUACUACCUCGGCGCGCGCCACAACGCCGUCGAGGACCGCGGCGUCGACGGCCGCAUGGUCGAGGGCGAGGGCGAC